UCCAGUUGGUGAUCAUGGCGGGGACGGUGCUGCUGGCGUACUACUUUGAAUGCACAGACACGUUUGGGAUCCAUGUCCAGGGUUUCUUCUGUAAUGACGCAGACCUGAUGAAGCCGUACCCCGGGGUGGAGGAGAGCAGCUUCGUCCCUCCUCUCAUCCUCUACUGCGUGGUGGCUGCUGCGCCCACAGCCAUCAUAUUUGUUGGGGAGAUCUCCAUGUAUAUCAUGAAGUCCACUAGAGAAGCCCUCAUAGCCCAGGAGAAAACCAUUGUGACGGGCGAGUGCUGCUAUCUAAACCCUCUCAUCCGCAGAAUCAUUAGGUUUAUUGGUAUUGGCAAUGAUAGCAAUGAUAGCAUUUCUUGGCGAGGGCGCCGACGUUGA